GAGCAGACGCGCAUCUCUCUCUUUUCGGGUCUCGGUUACGCUUCGCGAAUAUCGGGCGCAUGUACAAUCAAAACGCGAUUCGAGCCGAUUGUGAACGAUCUCGCGACGAGAAUUGUGACUGCACGACGCGGAUGAUUGAAAAUUCAGUGAUUACGUUUUACGGUAUAAAAAAUCUGUCGAUUCUGCAGUCAUUAGUGGGAUUUACGGGAGCACGAGUCUACGAUUUAGAUUGGAUGCAGUUAACUGAUCGGAACGGCGAGGAGAACGAAAUUUCCGAGAUAUUGGACUGCGCGCAGAAAAGUAAAGCUUAACGGUGACGAUACGAAAGACAUUCGAGCACAGACACGACAGUGAUUUCAGUGAGAGAUUCUCAUCAUACAAUUCAUCAUGCGCCAAUUUCUCUAUACUUUCCUCAUUCUUCAGCUAUUGACAAUCUUGUUUGUAUCGUCAAGUCUGGCAGUGACGAGGCAGUUACGCGGCAAAAAAAAGGUUGUUGCGAAGGAGACGAAAGAGUCAAAAGAGAUAAAUAUCUGUGACAUUCAGAUUCAGCAGGCACCGAUAUACUGCUAUUGCAACAUUAACGGUCUGCAAAAUGCUACGAAUGCCAAUUGCUGGGUGAUGAGCAAGCUCGAGCGUGACAAUCCCAUGUGGAGUUACUUUACGUCGCAGAUUCAUCUAAAAGAAUUGACGUUUACGGUGCGCCAGAUCGAUAGCCUCGAUUAUGUGCCCAGUCAACUACUGUAUCAAUUGAAGAAUUUACACACCGUUACAUUCCAGUAUGCAAACUUUCAUGAGAUCGUCGAACAUACUUUUAGUAAUCUUAUCGGUAUUGUCAAGAUCAAUCUCAACCGCAACAUGAUCUUCACGCUACACAAAAACGCUUUCGAGAAUAUGCGAGAUCUUAUCGUCAUCAAUCUCGAUGAAAAUCACAUCUCCGAGAUUAAUAGAGACACGUUUGUCAAUUUACCGAGCCUACGCAAGCUGCAUCUAAACCAGAACAAUAUCAGCACCGUGCGCGACAGGGCAUUUAAGCAUUUGAGCUUACUGCAAGAGCUUGAGCUAAGCAGUAAUCAAAUCACGAGUAUCACACACGAAACUUUCUACGGUCUGCGCAAUCUACAACGUCUUGACCUGCACAACAAUCAAAUCGCCAUGAUUGGAAAGCGCAACUUUGCUGAGAUGUCGGCACUAAUCGAGCUUGAACUUGAUCAAAACAUAAUUACAUAUAUAUCUGAAAGAGCAUUCGACGGUAUGCACAAUCUUCAGAAGCUGCGGCUCAGCGAGAAUCUGCUAGUGAAAUUGCCGCAAGAUUUUCUGGCUGGUGCACCAGGUGUUUACUUUUUAGAUUUAAGGCGAAAUUAUUUGAAGACCAUGACCUUCGAUAAUAUUAAGCCUAUCGUAACCAAUCUUUACGACACCAAUAGUCACUUCUAUCUGAGCGAAAACGAUCUGAUCUGCGACUGCAAGCUUGCAUGGAUCUGGGGUUUGCGAAAUGAAACAAAGAACACAAAACUAAGAGAUGCCCUAGAGGAGCUGACUUGCUUUCUUGAGAGCAAUAAUGCAACACAAAAGUUCAACAACGAAGGUCUGGGAAAAAAUCAACCGUCUGAAAUUGCUAAGGAAUAUUUUUCUGGUAAUUCGAGAGAUGAUGAUAACGAGUACAGUGAGGCCGAUGACAGCAGUUAUAAUGACGAGGAUGACGACAAAAAUUCCUCUUCAAAUUCGAAUUUAUAUGACAAGAUCAACAACAAGAAGUGCUGUAAAAAGCAUUUGUUCGAAUUAAAGCCGGAGGAGCUACCAUGCCCGGAGGUUUCGCGGGAAGAUUUAAUGGCCUCUGAGCAGCCAUCCAGCCGUCAUGAAAACGCACGCGUCGGUUCUUCUGGCUCUAGCUGGUUUAGUUCCGGUUCGAUCUCAAUUCAGGCUGGUCAGUCCGUCCUCGCUACCCUCUCAUUGUUAUUGCUAUCUAUACUUUUUUCCACAUAGAACCAACUAUAUGUAUUCAAGAAAGCAACAUAAACCGUCAUUCGGUGUUCUGAUAUCCCCGAGUGAGCAAAAAGAAAAUCGCACAUAAAUGAAACUGGAAUGUAUGACAGUAGAUGUGUGCAUGUGAAAGCAUUUGUGUGUGUGUAUGUAUAUAUACAUAUGCACUUACAUAUGAAAAUUAACACUGACUUGAGACGUACCUUUGAGAUACCCCAAAGCCCUUGCAAUUAUCGUUUAAUGAAUUAUGAAGACUGUCUGAAAAAAUUCCCGAAUUAAAAAAGUGUCGCGCACAAACGUGGUUGCAUAUCAAUAAAAUGUCACUAAGUCAUGUCAUCUGUCCAAAUCAAUAUGCACAGUCGUGUUUGUAUAUAAUUUUCAAAGUUCGAUAAUUUUUUAAGUAUAUUUUAUAUGUACUUGACAUAUAACACACAUACUGUAAAAGAGUUCACCAUUAUACGAAGCAUUCUAUCACGUAGAGUCUGUAAACGAGCCAACUGACAAAAUAUUCUUUUCACGAUAUAAUUCAUAUAUUUGUUGCAUUUUUAAUAUAUGCCAGAAUGGUCACAUCAAAAUAAUAAGCUUCUAUUCAGUUUUAUUUUACAUAACAUUAGUUCAGUGUGACUCUCACGCGCGCGCGUGCGCGCGCGAACGCGCUUUUGGGCCUUAUAUUACUGUACGUCGUUAUUAUAUUCGUACAGUAUAUACUCCUAUGCACGUUACUGUAUGCAUAAGAAUACUAAAUAUAGUAUAGUCUCGUGGGGACCCUCUGGGGAAUAGAAGCGGAAUAUUCUUGGGAAAAAAAAAAAAAAAAUUAAUAGGUACACCCUCUUUACAGUGCGAAC